GGUGGUUUUCUUUUCAUUUCAUAUCACUUUUUUACUUUUGACAACAUUUGCAGUUGUAUUGGUGUUUCCAACUACACGUGUUUAUUCGAGUAGAGUAAGUUCUGUUAUAGCUACAUCGCAUUGACGAAAUCAAAUAGAUUUUUCUUUCAAUCAAUAUGGUAAAGAAAAAGAUAGACAAUCGGAUUCGGGUAAUGAUAGAGAAUGGCGUUAAACUUGGUCAUCGUACGAUGUUCGUCAUUGUGGGCGAUAAAGGACGCGAUCAGGUACCGAUUUUAUAUGACAUGCUUGCUAAGACCUCCGUCAAAACGCGACCCACGGUACUAUGGUGCUAUAAAAAUAAAGAUGAGGCAAUUUCGAAUCAUGGGAAAAAACGAGCGAAAAAAAUUCAGGCUGGUAAAAUCGAUAUCAACCAGUCCGACCUUUUCGACCUGUUCAGAGUAUCUACCACUAUCCACGGGCGUUACUAUAAAGAUACUCAUACCAUUCUUGGUAAAACUUAUGGUGUUUGUGUUCUGCAGGACUUUGAAGCUUUAACGCCAAAUUUGCUUGCAAGAACAAUUGAAACUGUGGAAGGAGGUGGACUGAUUAUUCUGUUGUUAAAAACUAUAUCUUCUUUGAAGCAGUUAUACACAAUGAGUAUGGAUGUACAUAAAAGAUACCGUACUGAAGCUCAUCAAAAUGUAACCUGCAGAUUUAAUGAAAGGCUAAUAUUAUCGUUAGCCGAUUGUUCACGGUGUUUGUUGGUCAACGACGAUUUAACUGUGUUGCCUUUAUCGUCGCGAACGGCAGAGGUCAAACCUGUGGAGAUUGGAUCUAUGAAAAACAGUACAAAUGACGAGUUAUUGGAAGAAUUAAAGCAUAGCUUAUCUGAUACACCCCCAGCCGGUCCACUCGUAAACUUGUGCAAAACGUAUGACCAAGCAAAGGCAGUAGCACAGUUUAUUGAUGCUUUAGCAGAAAAACAACUGAAACCGCCAACAUCUCUAACCGCUGGACGCGGUCGAGGAAAAUCAGCUGCUAUGGGGCUGGCUAUUUCUGCAGCAGUAGCUUUUGGGUAUGUGAACAUAUAUGUGACUUCACCAUCUCCGGAAAAUUUGGUGACCCUGUUCGAAUUUAUUAUGAUAGGAUUUGAUGCUCUUGAAUAUCAGGAGCACACAGAUUAUACGAUUAUUCGAUCAACGAAUCCUGAUUUCAAUAAAGCUAUAAUUAGAAUUAAUUUGACUCGCAAUAAUCGUCAAACAAUUCAAUACAUCUCUCCGUCGGAUGUACAUUUGUUGAAUGCUGCUGAUUUAUUGAUUAUAGAUGAGGCUGCUGCUAUUCCGUUACCGCUGGUAAAGGCUAUGCUUGGUCCAUAUCUUGUACUUAUGGCUUCCACUAUUAACGGUUAUGAGGGAACGGGACGUUCUCUAAGCUUGAAAUUAAUAUCACAAUUGCAGAAGGAUAGCAAGGCUCCCCCUCCGAUUAAGCUAGAUGAAUCCAUUCGAUAUCGCACAAAUGAUCCGGUAGAGUCUUGGCUAACUUCUCUGCUUUGUCUGGAUGCUACAGUGGUUUCUAACCUUACUUCAGGGUGCCCAACACCAGAAGCAUGCGAGCUAUACUACAUUGACCGAGAUGCCCUGUUCUCCUACCAUCGCGCGGCAGAAGCGUUUUUACAACGUAUUGUAUCUGUCUGCGUUUCUUCACACUACAAAAAUAGUCCCAAUGAUUUACAAAUGAUGAGCGAUGCUCCAGCUCAUCAUCUGUUUUGUUUGCUUGGUCCUAUUACUAAAACAGAUGAACUACCAGAAAUACUAGUUGUAAUACAAGUAUGCCUAGAAGGACAAAUAUCUUUCCAAUCUGUACAAAAUUCUUUGGCACGUGGGAUGAAAAGUGCAGGAGAUCUUAUACCAUGGAACAUCGCAGAGCAGUAUGGCGAUAGUCAUUUUCCUAAGCUGAGUGGAGCGAGGAUUGUGCGGAUCGCAACGCAUCCCAAUUAUCAACGCAUGGGCUACGGUAAGCGUGCUCUUCAAUUAUUGAGAAAAUAUUAUGAAGGAAAUUGUUCUUCAAUUUCCGGCGAUCAAGAAGAGCAACCCAAUGGCAUUCAAGGUAUAGAUGACGACGAAAUAGGUUUGCUCAAGGAAGUAAUAGAACCGAGACAAAAUGUUCCAACGUUGCUAAAACGUCUUUGUGAACGUCAACCUGAACAUUUAGAUUAUCUAGGUACAUCUUUUGGUCUUACAAGCGAUUUGCUAAAGUUCUGGAAGAGCCAAAAGUACGUACCAGUUUAUUUAAGUCAAAAAGAAAACGAUUUAACGGGCGAACAUUCCUGUAUAAUGAUUACGCCUAUCAGUAAAAACCUAGAGAAAUUGGAAACCAAUGACUGGUUAAAUCAGUAUUUCAAGGAUUUUCGACGGCGAAUUAUAAAAUUAUUAGGUAAAUCGUUCAACAAAUUUAGUACUGGUUUGUCACUGUCUUUGUUGGACAACAAAGCUAUCACGAUCAGUGAACAAGAACUAACACAAAAAACUAUAGAUGAGUAUCUUUUACCGCACGACAUUCAACGACUUGAGAUGUAUUCCCGUAAUCAGGUAGAAUACAAACUAAUCAUGGAUUUGACCACGGAUUUGGCUUCACUUUAUUUUCAAGCAAAAAUGGCGAGUGCCAAAAUAGAUUCCCUACAGAAAGCUAUUCUUUUAGGGAUAGGUUUGCAGCAUAAAAACUUUGAAAAAUUAGCCGAAGAAUUCAACAUGCCGACCAAUCAAGUGCUUGCAAAAUUUUAUGAUUGUCUGAAAAAACUUACUAAAUAUGUCAAUUCAAUAAUUGAGCAUAACAUAGAAAGUACGAUGGUGAAAGAGAGCGAAUUGAAUACGGGUAAUGAUUUAGUGAUGCUCGAUAAAUCAAUAAACGAAGAAUUGGCUGAUGAUGUAAAACAGCUGCAGAAAAAACAAAAGAAAGAGCUCGCUAGAUUGAAAAAGGAAAACAUGAACCAAUAUACAAUCAAAGGUACAGACGAUGAGUGGAAAAAUGUUCUCAAUAAAAGUCAAUCUACAAUUGUAUCCAUAAAAAGUGGUGAGAAAAGAUCGAACGAAAAUAAUCAUUUGCUGUAUGAAGAUGGCCAGGGUUCUUUCCAAAAAAAGAAAAUGAAACAAUCAUCAGGGAGAAAACAAAAAUACGGAAAAAGUAAACAUAAAUAGGGAUUUGCUAAAAAUUAUGAACUUAAUAAAGUCGUAAAACUGUUUAACAGAAUAACAA